CCCUCCAAAAAUUAGUUUUUUCAACAUUCUCUCAAAAACACCUGAACCCAUAAAAAUCUAGCUCAAAAUUUUAAUACCCACUUCAAAAGUUCAGAUUUUUAGCUCAAAUUAUUAAUACCCAGUUCAAAUUUCCAAAUUUCAAGCUCAAAUUUUAAUACCCAGUUCAUAAAUAAGAAGAAAAGAUGAAUAGAAUAAGUCAUUUGGAAACUGAUUUAGCAGUUCUUGAUUCGAUUAGGCGACACUUACUUGAAGAUUGGGACCCGAGAAUCGUCGGAGCUUCGACGAUUAACAAUGGAUCAAACCCUGUUUAUUGCCGAAAUUCCAGUUUUAGUAGGUUGUAUCCUUGUUUAACUGAAAAUUGGGGUGAAUUGCCAUUGAAAGAAGAUGAUUCUGAAGAUAUGGUUCUUUUUGGUGUUCUCCGGGAUGCGGUACACACAGGAUGGUCGCCGGAAUCCGGGUCGGAAAUCGAUUCGGGUUCACCGGCGCCGGUGGUGGUUAAGUCGGAGUCGGUGGAGUCUCCGGUGAGUGUCACCGGCGGUGUAGUCCCGGCGGUGGCCGUGGCCAUGGCGGCUCCGACAAGGGGGAAGCAUUACCGCGGUGUCCGAAGACGGCCAUGGGGUAAGUACGCAGCCGAAAUCCGAGACCCGGCUAAAAACGGGGCUCGGGUUUGGCUCGGAACAUUCGAAACAGCCGAGGAUGCGGCUUUAGCCUACGAUCGGGCCGCGUUCAGAAUGCGCGGCUCGAAGGCGUUGCUAAACUUCCCCCUAAGAGUAAACUCGGGCGAACCCGACCCGGUUCGGAUCACCUCAAAGCGAUCAUCCCCGGAAAGAACAACGUCAUCAUUAUCUACGUCAUCGAGUUCGUCAUCAGAGAGUGGGCCCCUAAAGAGGAGGAAGAAAGAAAAUGGGCAAGUGGGAAAAGGAGUGGAAGCUUUACAACAAGUGGGAUGCCAAGUUGGUGUGAAUACAUUGCCACUUGGCGACCACCUAUUAGUUAGUUAAAUAAUUUAAUUAUAUUUUAUUAAUUAUUAAUAGUAUGAUUAAGAUGGUGUGAUUCUAUCAUUAUCUUCUUAAUCAUAGAUUAGGAUGGACAGGUUGUCAAUGGUUUUUGGAGGGUUUUAGGAGUUGUAGUAUAUAAUGAUGGGGGUUUUUGGUGAAAUGUGAAUAGUGUAUGUUCAUUUGUUUGUUACUUGAGUUUUUAAUACAAAGUACUUCAUAAAUCUAAAUGGACUGUUAUAAAAUAAAUUAAAAAAAAAAAAAAAAAAAAGGAAAGUACAUGGACGCCUUUUCUUGUAUAAUAGAAAUGGAUAUCAAUAUGUGGCUAUAGACUAUAUAUAGUUCGAUUCACAUGUA